AUGUCGUCGCCGUCGACUGCCGCCGUGUCGCAGGAGCUCUAUCCGAGCCAGGAUGACCUUCUCUACGAGGAGGAGAUACUCCGGAAUCCCUUCAGCCUGAAGCUCUGGUGGCGUUACCUCCGCGCCCGCGCUGAGGCGCCCUUCCGAAAGCGAUCGGUCAUCUAUGAGCGCGCCCUCAAGGCCCUCCCCGGAAGCUACAAGCUCUGGCACGCCUACCUUCGGGAGCGGCUGGAGGUCGUCCGGCCCCUUCCGAUUACCCACCACCUCUACGAUGCCCUCAACAACACAUUCGAGCGGGCACUUGUUACCAUGCACAAGAUGCCGCGGAUCUGGAUCAUGUACCUCUCGAUCCUCACCGAGCAGCGGCUCAUCAAGCGUGCUCGACGGACUUUCGAUCGUGCGCUCUGCGCCCUCCCUGUCACCCAGCACGAUCGUAUCUGGCAGCCUUAUCUCACAUUUGUGUCCCAGAGAGGGGUCCCCAUAGAGACCUCCCUCCGCGUCUACCGUCGCUACCUUAUGUUCGAUCCCUCUCACAUAGAGGACUACAUCGAAUUCCUCAUCAACUCCGAGCUCUGGCAGGAGGCGGCUGAGCGACUGGCGGGCGUCCUUAAUGACGAUGAAUUUACUUCCAUCAAGGGAAAGACCAAGCACAAGUUGUGGCUAGAGCUCUGUGAUCUGCUCACGAAGCACGCGACUGAUGUGUCGGGUCUGAAGGUGGACGCCAUCAUUCGCGGUGGGAUACGUAAGUUUACUGAUGAGGUUGGGCGGCUGUGGACCUCUCUUGCCGACUAUUAUGUCCGAAGAGGACUGUAUGAAAAGGCCAGGGAUGUGUUCGAGGAAGGAAUUACGACUGUUAUCACAGUCAGGGACUUCAGUGUCAUAUUUGAAUCAUAUGCUCAGUUCGAGCAGAGCGCUCUUGCAGCUAAGAUUGAAACUCUUGACAUGAACGAGGAGGAGGAUGAGGAUGCUGAAGACGAAGAUGCCGAUGGUGACAAUGAGGAAGCCAGAAGGGAAUUACGGGGCAGAGAGAGCGACGAGAAGUUCGCGAAAAGGAUUCUCCGGGGUUUCUGGUUAAAUGAUGAUGACGACACCGACCUGAGAAUUGCUAGGUUUGAAUAUCUCCUGAGCAGGCGGCCUGAGCUCCUCAACAGUGUGCUUCUGAGGCAAAACCCUCACAAUGUAGAGCAGUGGCACAGGAGGGUGAAGCUAUUCGAGGGAAACCCCACCAAGCAGAUAUUGACGUACACGGAGGCAGUGAGAACUGUGGAUCCAGUGAAGGCUGUGGGAAAACCCCACACUUUGUGGGUUGCUUUUGCACGUCUCUAUGAAACUCACAACGAUCUUAAUAAUGCAAGGAUAAUUUUUGAGAAGGCUACACAAGCAAACUAUAAGGCAGUUGAUCACCUGGCUAGUGUGUGGUGUGAAUGGGCAGAAAUGGAACUGAAGCACAAUAACUUUAAAGGGGCACGCGAACUGCUAAAACGUGCGACAGCCGAGCCCUCUGUAGAGGUCAAGCGUAGAGGUAACGGAUCGGUGCAUCUGGUUUUCUUCCUACUGUUAAACAUUUUGAAAACAUUGCCCGAACAAAGAAAAAGAAGAAUCUGUAGCAUGAUGAUGUGAUAAUAGAAAAUUUUCUAGUGUUAUUGUGGGUUGGUCUACUGUUCACAAGCUAAGAUUUUCCUCAUCACGAAAGGAGGAGAAAGUUUCACGUCGUUGCCAUUGUGUGUUUUUGACAUAGAUUUAGUGCAAUUAGAGGACCUUCAAUAAAGACACUAAAACCUGGCAUGCGUUUUUUUUUUAAGUAGUUGUCUUUUGAUUAACGAGUGUACUGGGCUCCUUAACUUAAAGACAAGGAACUACUAACGUAUUUAUUGUUUCUCUCUCGUAAACAGUUGCUGCUGAUGGGAGUGAGCCAGUGCAGAUGAAGUUGCAUAAGUCUUUGAGAGUGUGGAGUUUGUAUGUUGAUCUAGAGGAGGGUCUUGAUAAUUUGGAAGCCACAUGUGCAAUAUAUGAAAGAAUACUUGAUCUAAGAAUAGCCACUCCUCAGAUUAUAAUCAAUUACGCCUAUUUUUUGGAGGUAUGUUUACCUUAUGCAGAUUUUAUUUUCUAAGUAGACCCUCCUAUAUUGAUUACCACACUUCGUAUAUUUAUGAUUCUGCGACAUGUAGGAACACAAAUACUUUGAAGAUUCAUUUAAGGUGUAUGAGAGAGGUGUAAAGAUUUUCAAAUAUCCUCAUGUGAAGGACAUAUGGGUCACAUAUCUGUCCAAAUUUGUUGCGAGAUAUGGAAAAACGAAGCUGGAACGAGCUAGGGAGCUAUUUGAACAUGCCAUUGAAAAGGUAUGCAGUUUCAAGUUGAAAAUUUUAUUAGUUUAUUAUCUCUAAAUAUUAUGGAAAUUGUGUCAUGUAUUAUCUGAAAUUUUAUGAUGAAUGUUAUCGGAAUCGCACAUCCCUGAAGGAAUGAUUCAGUUUUUAAACCAACAAUUUAAGAACGAUUGGAAUGGGUUAUGUCCUUUACGCUUGCCUUUAAGUUUGAUCAAGAACGGGUUAAUUUGUUCCCCUACAUUUUUUUCUGUUUUUCUCUCCUUUUUCGUUAUGGUUCAGGGCUUUUUAGGGUUUUAUUUGAUCUAUAUUUUUCAUCUUGCUGCUUUUUUUGCUCCUUUUACAUCGUUCAUAGUUUCUCCUUCUCUAUUAUUCUAGUGGUCGUAUUUCCUUUUCUGUUAUACCUUUCAACAAUGGUGCAUUUUUUGGAUAGUUUUAUGAAUGCUCGUUCUUCGUAAACAUCUUUAGUAUAUGGUCCACUUUGUCGUCAUUUGUCAGGUUAACGUAUAUGAAACAGUCGGGUUUCUGGUUGGUGGUUGUGCCACAAAUAAACUCUCUGUCGUACAGUUGCUGAAGUUAUAAUAAGGUCAAAAGAUCUGAAGAAGAUAAUACGAACAGUACUUUUACUUCAUGGGAAUUCAAUAAAGCCGAUCCAAGAAGUAAGACGAAACGAGUCUUACUUCUCAUCUUGGUCCUGCACAGAAUUUUCCUGAUUUUUUAGACCAACUUCACAUUGAUUAUGCUAUGCACACCAGGGGGGAAAUAACUGUUACUUGUUGAGGAAAAUUCUCUACAUCUAUUUCAGGUAAUGGCAAUGCCCUUUUUAUUAAUUUUUCGGAAAAAUAUAACCUUUUAAUACGUAAGAACCUUUUCAAUAUCAUAAGAAAUAUUUUAAACUGGAACGAAUCAUCUCACCUGGAGUUACUGGUCUGGGCAAUCCGCGCUGCUGUUCUGAUCCUAUCUUGGACUGAAGGGCUGAACGUGAACUCUCACAAAGGAUCUGGGUGGAAGCGGCCUUAUGCUAGAAAAUGAAGAACGGAUGGGGAUUUCCCCAGAAACUUCAAGAACACUGGCCCUGGGUAGUCAUGCAGCCUGAAAUCACCAAGGAAGCAAAAUCUAGGGUCUGUUUUCCUGAUAAUAAUGACCAAAGCAUCAAGUUAGUGUAUGCUUCUGUCUUUCUUAUGCCGACUAUUGCAUACUCCCAGUUAGUGGCAUCAACUUUGGUAAGAAACUAAAUUGAAGUCAGACAGAUGCUAAUCCCUUUUUUCUCGAUUGUUAGACGUUUUAUGAGAGAAUUUUUUUGUUCCCGAAAUCAUCCUCCGCUAGUGUUGCCCAGUCUUUACAAAUUGGAAGAAUCAAUGAUGUUUAAAUCGCUGCAAAUAUGUUAAAUCAGCGACGGAUCUUUACUGAAUCUAAGACUUUCGAUGUUGCAUUGGUGGGUGACAGUCAAGUUCAUUGAGGGCUAUGUUUAUCCCAGUGUUACAGAUUGGAUAAUACUCCCAGAAUGUCAACCAUCAUCAAUGUCCUGUGACAUCACUCCGUUGACUUUGAACAUCAUUGAUUGUUGGAAACCUUGCGACUUUUGCAUCAACUCUCGUUAUUAGCCUUUUUCUGUCAAUUUUAGACACGUAUUGCUGACAGAUCUUUCUACUCCUUGGCUCUGUUCUUCAGGCGCCUGCUGACGAGGUGAAGCCUCUCUAUCUCCAAUACGCAAAACUAGAAGAGGAGUAUGGGCUAGCAAAGCGUGCAAUGAAGGUCUAUGAUCAGGCCGUGAAGGCGGUUCCUAACACUGAGAAGAUGAGCAUGUACGAGAUUUACAUCGCUCGAGCCGCAAAAAUCUUUGGUGUUCCUAAGACGAGAGAGAUAUACGAGGUUUGUGUUGCCCAUCUAAAAUGCCGGUCUGUAUGGAUUUUUUCCAAAUAUAUUCCCCAAUCAGAAAAUAUUUUCUGGGUUUGUAUUUUUUUAAUUUCUCUCUAAUCUCGAGUUACAUAUCAAUGUAGAAAAGAAAAAUUAUUUCCCAAUAUAAAACCCUCCAUCAGAUUUUUCUCUCAAAAUAGUUUUUCAUAUGUUUGUGUUCUUAUCUUCCGCAAUUCUUGCCACGAAAAUGAGAAAAAAUCAUGUGAUCCUCUUCUUAUUUUUAUUUUUUCGCCAACUAUUGAUCGAUAUAUUUAUUGAAGGUAUCUGGUUCUCACUUGGAGUUCCUGGUUCUUAUUUGCAGCAAGCAAUCGAAUCGGGUCUUCCUGAUAACGAUGUGAAGGCCAUGUGCUUGAAGUACGCCGAGCUCGAGAAGAGCUUGGGAGAGCUCGCCCGCGCCCACGCUGUAUUUAGAUUCGCCUCGCAGUUCGCAGACCCUCGUGUGGACGAGGAAUUCUGGAGGAAAUGGAACGAUUUCGAAGUUCAGCACGGGAACGAGGAGACUUUCAGAGAAAUGCGCCGCAUCAAACGCAGCGUCUUGGCUAGCUUCAGCCAGGUCAGUCGGCCCGCCCUCUUCUUCUUCAUCUUCUUCUUCUUCUUCUUGCAGAAGGAUUCUCACAGAGACGGGUUUCCGUUUGUGGCGUUCAGACGCACGUCAAUCUGCCGGACUUCCUGAUGCAGGGGGGGGACCAGAAGCUGCUCCAGGAGGAGCCCAAAGGCGCCGCCAAGGACGGCAUGGCCGCCCUGGAGAGGCAGGCCGUCGCCAGAUCUCCGCCACCCGCGGCGGAGGGCGCCGCCAGGGUCUUGGGCUUCGUCAGCGCUGGCGUGGAGUCACAGGCCGGCACGGGGAGGGCGGUGGCCGCAAACCAGGAGGAGAUCGAGCUCCCCGAAGAAGACGACGGCUCCGAGGAUGAAUCCGCCGAAAGAGUGGAGAUUUCACUGAAGGCCGUCCCCGAAGCCGUCUUCGGGGACCUUGCGAGGGUCGCCGCCGCAGUUAACGACGAGAAUGCCGCUCCCGCGGUCAACGGGGCAGACGCCCGGAUGGGCGCCCUCGAGAGGAUAAAGAGGCAGAGGCGGCAGUAA